AGCCAGCUCUUGAGCCGUGAUAAAUUUCUGGGCGAGAUCACGUUUCGAAUGCAACAAUGAAUUUGCUUAUAUAAAGAAGUGUGCUUGGCCAUUUAAUAUGUUAAUUCUGUCAACUGUGCCAAAACCCAUACAUCAUAGCCAUGAACAAGUUCGCUACUCUGGCCGUCAUCUUCUGCGCCUGCAUCGUGGGCAGCUGCUACGCCAACUACGGUGGCCAGCAGAGCUACGGACCACGAUCCUACGGUCAGGAUAGCUCCGCUGCCUCCGCCGCCAGCUCAGCAGCUGCUGCUGGAGCCGAGGGUCAGCAGCGCUACGAGCGCCCCGUGGAGAUCAUUGCCGGUGGAUACCGCGGCAGCUAUGCCCCCGAGAUCCUGCGCCCCGUCCAGGUCAGCGGUGGAUAUGGCGGUGAGCGACGUGGCUACAACGGUGGCAACUACCGUCGUGCCGGCUACGGACCCCGUUGGACUGUCCAGCCCGCCGGAGCCACCCUCCUGUACCCCGGCCAGAACAACUACAAGGCUUAUGUCUCGCCCCCGGAGUACAGCAAGGUGAUCCUGCCCAUCCGCCCCGCUGCUCCAGUGGCCAAGCUCUUCGUUCCCGAGAACCAGUAUGGCAGCCAGUACGGUAGCCAGUACUCCGCACCCCGCAGCAGCGGCUACUAGGCGCAUGCUUGAUCCCCAGCCAACCUGGCGGAUGCUUGAUCUCAGCCUGAUCGUGUACAUAAUAAACCAGAGGAAAAAAUCAUAA